UUUUCCUCUGGCAAUAUGGCAUUAUUGAAUUGACCCCUCUUCCAUUCUUGUGGCGUGUGGAAUUAAUUCUUCUUAGGAAAUUAAGUUGUUUUUCUGCCUUUAUUUUAAGGUUAGGCAGCUUUCCCCCGUGCCUAGCACAUUUUAGUAUCUGAUUUCAAAUUUGGUAAUCCAGAUUAAAUACACACAAAACCCACAAGCCAUACUAAUGUAGUGCUCGAAAAUGCCCCUUUUUACUGUGUAUUUUAUGGAGCCUCCUAUGCAUGUUUACUUAAAAGUGGCCCCCACUGAUUUCGAUGGGACUUUCGUUUAAAGAUUGCAGCCUUAAUGCAAUGUGUGGGAAUCCCUAAGGAAGCAUAACUGUUGUUGCCAGCCUCAGUGACAAGCAACUAUAGGAAUCCUUCCUCCAACACACCAAUACUGCAGCAUGGAUCCUCAGGUAAAUCUCAGCGUGACCUUCCGAGGUGACACCCAGAGCUUCCUUGUGUCAGAUUCACUGAAUACCACAUGGGCUGAUGUUGAAGCCAUGGUGAAAGUCUCAUUUGACCUGAAUGAUAUCCAGAUCAAAUACCUGGAUGAGGAUCAUGAUGAGGUGUCUGUCAACAGUGCAGAGGAAUAUGAAGAAGCUUUGAAGAUUGCAGUGAAGCAAAAUAACUGGCUACAGAUGAACGUUUAUGAAGUAAGCGAGGCUCCCAGCAUGUCUUCCCAGGAAGCCCCUGAGGAUUUGGAGAAACGCCCUGUUCCCAAAGAUGGGAGGAAGCCCCUCUCCCACUAUUCCAUGCUUGCCCGCACCUUGGGGCAGGACCAAGGCGUUGAACGAGAGAAUGAGAAGAACCAGAGUGAUCAUCAGCCCAGUGAAGUCCCUCCUGAGUGGUUCACAAGCUAUUUGGAAAGGUUCCGAGCACAAGUGGUUCAAGAGACCGUUGAAAUGGUUGAACAGAAGCUGAGUGAGAAGCUUAUCCUUUCCAGCCAGUUUCCUAACUCCUUGAGCAGCUCAACACACCGACCCCCUACAAGCCCCAUCAUGCAAGGCAACCCCUUUGACUGGCUCCUCUCUUGCAGCAACUGUCAGGCCCCCAUUGUGGGCAUUCGCUACCAGUGCAGUGUGUGCCCAUCCUAUAGCAUCUGUGAAUUGUGUGAAGCAGGGAUAUAUGCCCAUGAUCCUAAUCAUGUGCUUCUGAAGCUGCGGAGGCCUGUCUUGUGCAUCUCUGAGACCUACAACCUUGGGCAAUUUUCCCCUCGCCUUGCCACGCUGGAACAAGUCAGGCUCCAGAAACAGAUGGACAAGCGUUUCCUGAAGGCCGAGAAGCAGCGCUUGCGAGCAGAGAAGAAGCAGCGCAAAGCUGAAGUGCGGGAACUCAAGAAGCAGCUGAAGCUGCACCGGAAGAUCCACCUGUGGAACUCUGCCCAUGCUCUGGACAGUGCUGGCUUGACAACUGCCAAAUCUGAGAGCUUGCAACCCAAUGCCCUUCUUCCCCUUCAGGGCUGCCCAGUCAUUAUCCCCACACUGAGUGCUGCCUUUGUGGAUGAGAAUCUGCCAGACGGAACCCAUCUCCAGCCAAGGACGACCUUCACCAAACAUUGGCGCAUGAGGAACACUGGCAACAUGGAAUGGAGCUCUGACACCAAGCUGAAAUUCAUGUGGGGGAACUUAACUCUGGUGUCCUCAGGGAAGAAGGAUGCGAUUGUGCCCUCCUUGCUACCUGGGCAAGUGGGGGUCGUCUCUGUGGAGUUCAUAGCCCCCCCAGCAGAAGGAACCUACACAUCUCAUUGGCGGCUAUCACACAGAGGGGAGCAGUUCGGACCCCGGAUUUGGUGCAGCAUUGUGGUAGACCCCUCCUCCGAUUACCCCGAGAGUGACAAACUGAUGUCCCAUUUAAGCCAGAAGGGCAGAUCACCUUGUAAAAAAGAGGAAGGACCCCCAAACCUCAAGGCAGAAGCUCUGCAAACUGCUGAUAGUGCCAUGCAGGGUGGUUUGGCCAACCUAGCUGCUCCCCCAAAGGUGAAGAGCAUCCUCAGCACACGAGAGUUUUACAUUCCAUCAGUCGACCUUCUCACGGCUCAGGAUUUGCUCUCCUUUGAAUUGCUGGACAUUAACAUAGUGCAAGAACUGGAGCAGGUUCCUCAUAACACUCCUGUUGACAUGACUCCGCACAUGUCUCCGCUGCCCUAUGACAGUCACCUGCUGGAGAAAGCUGGCUUGGACCAGAUAGAGGAAGAGAAUGAUGGAAGCACAUGUAAGCCACUGUCUGAUACUCGGGGGGAGAAAGGAAAAGCAGAAAAUUCAACAAACCAAGAGGAAGGAGAGGAAGACAUGAGUGGGACCCAGUUUGUGUGCGAAACAGUCAUCCGUUCUCUCACCUUGGAUGCUGCACCUGACCACAGACCCCUGCAGAGGAAUAAAUCUUUGCAGAAUUCUCUACAAGCACUACAGGAUAGCAUUCACUACGGCUCCAAGAGUGAAGACCUCGUUAAGAUUAAAAGUAGUCCUUCAUCCACAGCACACAAACUAGAAUCCAGGAACCAAGGCAUGGAGGUGGCCAAAGAACCUGAGUUUGAAAAACUCCUAAUGCAAGACGGUGAGGAAUCAAGUGACAGGGAGGCUGAAGAUGAUGCUAAGGAUGAAGUCCGCAGCCAGGCCUCGUCUGCCUCUUCUGAGGAUUACAUCAUCAUCCUCCCAGAGUGCUUUGACACUAGUCGCCCUCUGGGUGAAUCCAUGUACAGCUCUGCUCUCUCACAGCCAAGUUUGGAGAAAGCAAUGGAGGUCCCAGCAAGACCUGGAGCAGAAAGCCACCCCACAGCUCACAGUAUCAAUGAUAUCCUGACAACCUCGCAGACCUUGGAUGAGGAGCCACUGAUCCCUCAGAUCCUUGAACCCCAGCCAGCAAGAUCUUUGGCCCUUUCCCGAAAUAAUGGUUCUCAAGAAACGAGUACUCCCAGUGGAGAAGAAGCCCCUUCAUUGGUUCCUGACCAAAUGAGCGAAGAGCUCCAAGGAGAUAUUUCUGGACUUCCACCUGCAGGGAUUGUAAUUAACACAACAACUUGUUCAGAAGUUUCCAGACACACACAGGUAAACAGCAUCGCUGGUGGGCUCGUCAAGGGGGCCUUGUCAGUGGCUGCCUCUGCCUACAAGGCACUGUUUGCUGGACCACCCUCCAUGGAGCAGGCUCUUCCUGUGAUCACUGAGGAACAUACAGCUGUCUUCCUGGCCAACCUAAGUGAAAUGGGCUUCUGCGACCGGCAGCUCAACCUCCGACUGCUGCAGAAACACAAGUGUGACAUGGCUCAAGUUGUCACAGAGCUGCUCCAGUUGAGUCAUGGUGACUGGUAUGGGAACCAAUAUUGAGCCUCCUUCAUCUUGCUCAUUAAAGACCUGAGGAGCAAAUGGCACCAGCAGCUUCUGGCUUUCUUCUGUUCCAGCCGUGCAGAGAUGGCUUGGCUUCAACUUUUUCUUUACUUCUAGUUUUGUUUCUUCUAUUGAAAUCUUACAUUCCUCCUUCUUCUCCCCCCACCCCACCACCACCUAUAUUUCUUGGCUCAGACACUACGAUUUAUUUCUCUUAACUUUUGAGACACUAGGCUUUUCAAAUGGCAUAAUACCAGCUUCUCUUAAUAGUAGCUAAGGAGUGAGUGUGAGUGAGCAAGCAAACAGCCAGGGACUUGGGUCCUGCAUCCUCUUUGUCCGUUUGGUCUUCUCCUGGUGAUGGAACUAAGCUCACAGAAAACUGGAGACCCCUCCUCCCAUGAAGGGAGUGACUGAGCUGUUUGAACCUUCUGGAUCUUGUUGAAGCAAUAAUUCCACCAGCAUUUUCAUGCUGCAUGUCUUGCAGGGCAGUAGCCAUACCUAAAAGCAUUCAUCACAUUCUUGAUUUUGCCUUCUCCUAGCAAAUCCCACCAAACCCAAACGCUGCUGUUUGCUGCUAGUUGUGUGAGUGAAAUACUGAUUAGCAGGGCUGAGCAGGUGGUUUGCCAUUAAAAAAUACCAAAACAAAGAGCAGUGGCUCCUAGUAUGUAAGCCUUUAGAGGUAUUAUUAAUCAUUAUUCUUGCAUAAAGUAUUUGAAGGGUGGAUGGUCAAGACACACUUGGGGUCUUCAAACACUAUUUUUGUAGACCCAUUUGUGCCACUCAAGAGGAAGAGACACUCUCAUGCAGUAUUCUUGAUCCUCUCUGCCCAGAGCAGUUUUGAGACGAAAAAAUUGCAUCGUUUAUCAAACCAUGGAGCAGUGGAAUAUGUAGUUAAUGCCUGCCAGAUACUCUCUGCAUGGAGUAGAACAUGGGGGUGUGGGGUGGGGGAAACACCAGAUGAGAGAUGGCAUUAAGGAGGCAAUCUUUCAUCUCCGUCAAUCAAAAUAUGCGGAACUCAAGAAUCCAUGAGGAAUUCUUGUCCAAGUCCUGUUUAAAAGGAACAGGAUUUGUGGCCACUCUUGCUGGAUUGUGUCCUUCUUCUUUUUACUCUCAGGUGUUUCUUUUGACUUUUCAAAUAUAAAAGAUGGAUGCUAUCUUUUCAUAAAACAUGAUGGGAUGAACCAAAGUCUGACUUUUCUGUAGCUGCCAGGGGGAAAAAAGUUAACCUGGUUAAUAGGAGGAAUCUGAAUGGGGAAGUCAGAAGAGCUUCUCUUUGCUCAAGCAAGAGGGAAAGAAAAAAGUAAGAAAUUGAGGAAAAACCUAUUUGUCUUUUUAUUAUAUGUGUUAAUUAAAUCAGUGCAUGGAAAGCUAAACAUCUCUGAUCAGAGACCUUCCAACUGGGACACUUCUCUGUUGGGGCAAUGGGAAAAAUACUGGUAUUUCUAGAUAGAUCUCCCUCUCAGUUUUCUCUCUCUUUUUGUUGCUACCAAUUCAAUCAGCCAACUUCUUGUUACUCCUGAUAGAGAAAACUUUGUUUCUUAGAAGCUGAAAUUUAAAGCUUUCUUCUGUUGGCUUUGUAUAUUUUGUGGGAGGAUGCAUGGAUAAUAAUUUAAAUAGUACAAAUUUUAAGAUCUUUGUAUAUUGUUUAGAAUAAGCACUUUAAACAGUCUUUGGGUGUGACAGAAACCUGAAUAAAGUAUACAUUAAAUAAAAAAA